AUUUAAUACUUUACAUAUUCUUUCAAAGAUGGGUUUAAGAAACUUUCUUUUUGGAAACGAAUCAGUACACGGCAUCAAUUCUCCCACCGAUCACCUUUACAUCAAGAUCUUGCGCUUUAAUCUGCGCAUCAUCGGCUCCUGGCCACAGAAAGAACUAGGAGAGAAGGAGCCCGUGGCCUUGAACACGUUUUUGAAGUACUUUUACUUAUUGGCUACUAUUGGCUGUCAACUUGGUUCGACUGCUUACCUCAGAGCAUACAACAGUGAACUCACAUUUUUGGAAGCUGGCCACACUUAUUUGAUGAUUUUUAUGACUUUCGUUGACAUUUCCAGGAUCCUGAUGCUCACAUUUUCCAAGGAAUAUCGGAAAGUGAGCAAAGAAUUUCUUACUAAAAUUCAUCUGUUCUACUUCAAAGAUAGUUCUGAAUAUGCUAUGAAGACUUAUAAACGGGUCCAUCUGAUGUCUCAUCUGUUUACGCUAUAUUUACUAUCGCAAAUGAUAUUUGGUUUGUCUUGUUUUAAUCUCAUCCCAAUGUACAACAAUUACGUGGCUGGAAGAUACAAAAGUGGAGGAACACAAAACUCUACUUUUGAACAUUCUCUGUAUUUCAAGUAUCCAUUUGAUACCCUCACUGAUAUGAGGGGAUACGUUCUGUCAAAUAUCAUUAAUUGGAUACUGUCCUAUCUUUGUGCUACAUGGUUUUGCAUGUUUGAUCUCUUUCUAUCCUUAAUGGUUUUCAAUAUUUGGGGUCAUUUCAAAAUGCUUAUUCACACUCUAAACAAUUUUCCCAAACCACGUUCGGAUACCAGUUGUUUAAUAGAAGGAGGCUUGACAGUAACAAGUGCAAAAUACUCCAAAGAAGAAUGCAUAGAAGUUUUAAAAAAAUUAAAGCAAUGUGUUGAUUCUCACCGAAUGAUUGUUAAGUUUACUAACAACGUAUCAGACGUAUUUGGGCCGAUAUUGUUCUGCUAUUACAUAUAUCAUCAGGCUAGCGGCUGUUUACUGUUGCUGGAGUGUUCUCAAAUGACUGCUCCAGCUCUUAUGCGUUAUUUGCCUCUAACCUUAAUUUCGACUCAGCAACUGAUUCAAUUAUCAGUCAUUUUUGAACUAGUAGGAAGUGAGAGUGAAAAGCUACUAAGUGCCGUUUAUAGUAUACCUUGGGAAUGCAUGGACACAAGUAAUAGAAAAUUCGUUUCUUUCUUCCUAAUGAAUGCUAGGGAGCCAAUACAUGUGAAAGCCCUGGGUAUUGCCAAUGUUGGUGUCAUGUCUAUGGCUGCAAUUUUGAGAACUUCAUUGUCAUAUUUCACAUUUUUACGUAGCAUUUGA